UCCAUGUCGACAUCAAGGUCGAUUUAUUUUGUUGACAAACAAACACUUGCAUAUUUUAUCAAGAAUUUGUCAUUAUUUCGUAAUAGACACAUGAGUAUUACCCCAAUGUGUUGAUUAUACACCAACGGUAGGUCAGGUGGUUAGAUUAUUUAUCCAUAUCGAAGACCUGGUAAACACGUUGUUAAUUCCAUUGUGCUACAAUGGCGGACAGUGCCAGCGAGUUUGAGAGCGAUACCAGCUCCAUGGAUGGAGGCUCUAGUAUGAAGCCCCCGUCUCCAGCCCAACUGGAGCAGCUGCAGAAGAGAGUAGAGUCUCUCCAGCAAGAAAACAGGGUGUUGAAAAUGGAGUUGGAGACGUAUAAGUUAAAGUGUAAAUCUUUACAAGAGGAAAACAAGGACCUGAGAAGAGCCAGUGUGUCCAUUCAAGCCAAAGCAGAACAAGAGGAGGAGUUCAUCAGUAAUACUUUACUGAAGAAAAUCCAGGCUUUGAAGAAAGAAAAAGAAAUGUUGGCUAUGAACUAUGAACAAGAAGAAGAAUACCUCACAAAUGACCUUUCACGGAAACUUCUACAGCUGAGACAAGAAAAGAUCGAGUUGGAGCAGACACUGGAGAAGGAGCAGGAAUAUCAGAUCAACAAAUUGAUGCGGAAGAUAGAGAGGCUGGAGGCCGACACUCUCUCCAAGCAGCAGACACUCGAGCAGUUAAGAAGAGAGAAAGUGGAGCUGGAAAAUGUUCUGGAACAAGAGCAAGAGUCUCUUGUAAACCGAUUGUGGAAAAGAAUGGAUAAACUGGAGGCAGAGAAAAGAACUCUACAGGAGAAACUCGACCAGCCCGUGUCUGCCCCUCCCUCACCACGUGAUAUCCACAACGGCGACACGGCCAGCAACCUGAUGCAGCACAUUGCCAACCUCAGGAGUGAAACGAGUCGGCUUAAGGAACAGCUAAAAGCGGCUCAGACAGAACAUGAGGAGAAAAUGGCACAAUAUGCCCAGGAAGAGCAUCACAUCCGAGAAGAAAACCUGCGAUUACAGCGCCGUCUGCAGCUUGAAAUGGAGAGACGUGAAAAUCUGUGUCGUCACUUGUCCGAAAGUGAGUCCAGUCUUGAGAUGGAUGAUGAAAGACACUUCAAUGAGAUGACCAAGCAGCAGGACAGUUACGCUGUGCGUGCUCGGACAGUUUCUAGUCCUAUCCCGUACGGAUCUCCAACAUCGUCAAGACCUCUUUCCCCGACAGGUCUCACAUAUGUUGCAGCCAAGAGUCCGCCUAGCCCAAUGAGAAAAUGUGUUCCAUCGCUGUCCCAGCAGUUCCACAUCCCAGCACAUCCGCCGUCACACCCUCCCCCACAUGCUCCUGCAGCACAACACGCCUCUGUCUUUCUCCCCGGGUCCUCCCUGCCCAUGUUCUCAAGUGUUGUCAACCCUAAUGUCCACCAACCAAGACCAAGUCCAGAAAAAUUUGCAAAACCUAGUGAUUUUUCUAAUGAGAAGAACGAUAAAACCUGAAAGCUGAUGAGAUCUCUCUACUAAGUGUGAUGAACUGAUAAAACUGAAGGUCUUCAUAUCUUAACCAUAUCCUCUUUUGAAGUGGUGGAGUGGUGUGUCCAGUCUUUUCUGUUGGUGCUACAAGGCCUUAUCACAACACAUGAGUGUAUAUUGUGUUCCUUUGACCCCUGUGGAUGAGUUUAGACUGACCCACUUUGAUGGAUGGUUCUUGGCGUGUCUGACCAUGGGGGUUAAAAGUGUUAAUCUGUUAUUCUCGCACAGUGUUAUUUGUUUGCGUCUGCUUGCUGAAUUUCUAUGCUUUGAUUGUCCUGAGAUUUUCUCAUAGUAUCAUUGCAGGGUUCGCACAAGCCUUUGAAAGUAUUUUAAUUUGAAAACAUUCAACUCGAGACCUUGAAAGUACUUGAAAAUAGCUAUGUUUUGUGAAAGUUUGUUAAAAUGAUGGCUAUAGGUAAUAUUUUGCAAAACAAAAUACUCUUGUAUAUCGUUAUGCUUUCAGUGAUAACAUGUUUCUCUUUGUUUACCAUCCGUCCAUAUAUUUGCAUUUAAAACGUUUUCCCCCUACAUUAUCAUGAGUUCCCUAUCACUUAUAUGUCACUGUUAAGUGACUAAAUAUCAAAUACUGUAAAAUCACGUGAAGCUGAGACUGUAAUUAAAGCCUACCAUGUUGACAGUUCCCUGUUCUUUUGUUAUCCUUGCAGGCUGUUUAACUGCAUAGUUGCAGGUUUUCAAAAUGCCCAUGCCUAACAUUAAACCGAAAGUAAUCAAAUCGGUCUCAAGAAUGAUCAUGGGGUUUUGGGGUUUUUGGUGAGUGCAAAGUCUCAAUUCCACAUUUAUUACAUUCCUUCAAAAUUGAUCUUUAAAAAUCAAAAUUAAAUAGGUCCUUUUUAUUUUAUCACAAGUAAUGUGUGUGAACCCUGUUACUCCGAGUUCAUUGCUUUAGAAUAACAAUAUUCAGCUUUCAGUUAGAUCAUGAAAUCAGGAAAGCAUUUUUGGCCUUGCUUUGGUAAAAUGGAUUACUUUUGUUAUUAUCUUCGUUUCUUUGGUGGUAUUCAUCUUUAUGGGCAUUUCAAAAAACUUUACAGGCUUUAAUUUUGUCUUUCUUUUUAUCCAUAUAGCUUUUAUCCAUAUAGCAUAUACAGAUGGUAAAUGUAUUGUUUUUCUAAAGAUCCACAAUCGAUGUUGAACAGAAUAGUAUCACUAAAAUAUUUCUUGAGGAUUCAAAAAAAAUUUUAAAAGUCUCACGUUUAAUUCUUAUAAAAUAUUUGUACCUAUUUUGUCUAAAAUGUGGUCAAAAAUACAUGUAUAGUUACGGUCAAAGUGUUAUGCAUAUGGCUAGAUAUCAGUGUUUAUUGGGGAGGAGGGGAAUUUGGUCGUUGUCUGUAGUAAGAAUUUCUCCACAAAGUGACAGGUUUCUACAUUCUAUGGCUGUCAAUUCCAAAUAAUUGCCUUGUCUGUCUGCUAGUCCCUUUUUUGGUAGUACUUCAAUAGCCAUUAUCUAGCAAUUAACUUUUUGUGUCUUAUUUGAUUUCAUUAUACUCGUAGAAUACAGUAUAGUGUUGUUUUUCACUUGAAUAUUUUUUCAGCCCCAUUGUCCAUACCAGUAGUUACGUAAUUAUGUAACUGGGAAAUACUUACUAUAGGACCCUACUGUAUAUUGCAGUUUAAAAAUGUAUGAACUGUUUGAUGCUUGUCCUUUCGUCAAAUAAUAUGUUUCAACGUCAAGUGCAUGUAUAUGUAGUUCACAUAAUAUGUGCAUAUUGUGCUCUUUCUUUAUAACCAAAAUAAGUUAACAUUCCAUCUCCAUGUGACUAAUUAGCCAGUGAUUAAUAAAUCAAUGUGCUCUUGUGUGUUGUUAAACAAAACUAACUUUUAACUUUUUAACUUUAAUGUGUGUUGCACAUUUGUACCUAGUCAUCACUAUUUCUGUGAAAAGAAAAUACUGGUUUCAGAAAGUGAAUUUCCAUCACUGGAAAACCCCCACUAUAUUUGACAGUCUUGAAUGUCCGAAGAACUUUAUAUUUUGACCAUCUUGGGAGUCGAGUUAUUAACAUCUAAAAUAUUAAUUUCAGAAACUGGGAUGUAACCAGUAAACCCAUCUUUUGUUUUAUCAAAUAUUAUACACGCUUGUUGCUGCCGAGUUGUGAAGUGUUUGUUGGAUCAAUUAUUCUUAGGUGGACGACCGCAUAGCCUCCGUAGAUACUCACAAAACAGUAGGAUAGGUCUGCUAGUCAAGGUUUUGUUUAUACAAUUUGUAAUUUUAAUAAAUACAUUUCUGUUUUUUGUGUGUGCUUCAUGUUUUGUCAAGACUCAUGCUUUUUGUUGAGGACUUUUUUUUCCUCUUUUUUUUUUUUUAAUUUUUUUUAAGGAAAACUGUUGCUUCUUAGUCUUACAAAGCAGUUGACUGGUUUAUUCAUUCAUCAUGGUACACCAUAUUUUGUAAUUGUGAGAAGUGGUUUGCUGCAUGUGUUCACUUCGGUAAUUUGACAUUUUUGUCGAAAGCAAGGUCUUAAUAAUGCAUUGUAAAUGUCACCAAUGUGUGGAUAUUCAUUGGAAUAAUAUGGUUCAAAAAUUAUAAGUAAAUUUUGAACCAAAUGCAACUGAAUUUCUUACCACACCUAUUGGAAAGAACAAUAUAUCAUGUGUGGGAAAUCGAUUUAAAGGGAUCGGAUUGGCUGUUCCACAGUUACAUGCCACACUGACCAAUUAAAUGAAUGGAACAACUGAAAUUGAUUGUGAUGUGCCAGCACAAAUUUACCAUAAAUCUUACUUUUGAAGAUACAUAAGAAGUAAAGUACUACAGGUACUGUUUUUCUUACAACUCGUAUAUAAAUGCAACUCUGUUCCACUUGCCAAGAUAUAUUAUGAAACAUCUUGUUACAUGUAGAUCUCAUACAGCCACCUAUGGUAUCCUUCAUUAUAAAAGUUAUCUUGUUAAUUUGUAGUGUUAAAUAUUUAAAUAGACGUGGCAAAUAUGAUAGUGUAGUUUAUAAUAAAAUCAUCAAUUAAAGAAGUUACUUUUUCAGCCAUCUUUGUUCGUGUAAAAUAAUGGUUUAUUUAUCGAAUAGAUGGAAAAAAAACUCCAUCAUGUGCAGUCAUGCGGGAUAGAAAAAGUACACCCUCAUUGGUGGAAAUUUCAACCCUGGGACUCUGCAAGCCUAGUCCUGGGUUGAAAUUUCCACCAGCUUGGGUGUACUUUUUCUAUCCCACACGACCACAUAUUAAUGGAGUCUAUUAAUCUUGAACACCCAUUCAUUUGCUAUGGUAUGUUUGAGAGCAUAUGUUUCCUGUAGUUGUAGUAAUGAGAUCACACAUUGGCAAGUAUCCAUUCUUUCACCAAUUCUGUCAUCCGGUUUCCAUUUACAGGCAAACUAAUGUUUUUAUUAAAAGUACUUCAGGUUAUUGCAGAAUCACUAUUUGCAAGAGUGGUUCAGUCCUUUACAGUGUGUGAUAUGGAUAGAAUCCUCAUUUGAAAAAAAGCAACAGUUGGCCAAUAUAGGAGAUAUCAAGAUGUUAAAUUAGAAGCUUUGUUUUAAUAGCCUUUUGCUUUGUAUUAGUACCUGUAAACAAACAUUUCUUAUUUCUUGUAUUUGCAUAUUCGUGUUUUAGACUGCCUUUCCACAGCUAGUUGUGAGGGUAAAACCGCACAAAAGAACAGGCAGCCUUAGUUGUUGUUAAAAGUAAAUACAAAGUAAACCAAAGAGCUUUCUUCUAAUUGUCCAUUAGUUUCAACUGUCCGUGUUCUCGUGCAUAUAUAGAAUAACUGUAUUGUCUGCUCAGAAUGUCAUUUUAGAUGUAAUAAAUCGGGGGGGGGCAUAUGUAUACAACCACAAAUUUAUGGAGUUUGUGUAUGCAGAGUUUUAGUAAUCGGGAACACUGCUGAUUCAUCAUUGUUAAAGCAAAACUUCAAUUGCCUGGUAGGUUGAUGGGCAUAAUAAAAGUUUGUGGGAGCUUUUUUUAUUUUUUAUUUGGAGUGUUCAGUAAAUGUUAAGUAACAUUAGAAAAAUGUCAUAUUUUUAUAUAUCUAAACGUUUUGAAAAAUCAGCAACUUGAUUACCAGUAAUUUAAAUUUUUAAAAUUUGUAUUAAUUCAUGCAUAGUAUAAAAGGUAAUUAUAAUUAAAAUAGAAGUGAAAUAAUGAAAGCUAUUUGAACAUUUUAAAAAGACUAUCAAACUAUUUGCCCCUUUUUCCCUAUGGUACCUAAGAUAAAUGCAGAAAACACCAACAUUGACUUAUUAAAAUAUGGUUAAAUUUUUUAAAAAUGAACAACGUAGAGUUUGGUAAACAGUGAUGUGGGCCCCAUGUAUUGAGAAAUGCGUCUCAAAGUUUAUGUACAGUUUAAGUCUCAUCAUUCAAUUUUGUGAAAAACCAGUCUCCACUGAAAUGUUUUUGAGGAGCUUUAAUUUUCAGUUUGGUUGGUUGUUUAAGGUUGAAACAGAUGGAAACAAUCUGUUGAUUCAUCACUGCGAUGUUGUUUUCUGUAUUGGUUUAUGCUUUUAUACAUUGUCCUUGUACAUUAUGUAUAUUUUGAAGGUAAUAAAUUUUAUUACGAUC